GUUCGAGGAGAAAGCAGUGAGUCAUUUGGUAUCCAUCACCAUCACCGUCUGGAGAGAGUUGGAGCACCUGAAGGUCGGGCGUUUAUCCCGGCAGAUGUGAGGGCUCUCCACGAUGAGCGCACUUGGCUUUCCCUUUCUCAGCCUCCGAGCGCGACUCAGCAAUCACAAUCGCGCCUCAGUCGAGCCAUCUGGGUGAGCAUCAAACUCAAAGUUGAGGCACUGCAUGGCGUUGUGUUGAAAGUGAAUCUGCUCCUGGGUCCAACAGGAAGAGCCUGGAUGUUGACUACUGCUCACCUACCAUCUUAUCCAAAGAAAGUGGUGUCUCGCUCCCAUUUUUAAGACUUUAAGGGACUGGAUUUUUGUUUCCAAACUGCAAUUAUUUCUUCAUAGAGCAUUCAAAGGUUUUUUUUCCAACUGCGUUUUUGUACCAGCUGCAUACUGUCAUCACAGUUUUAAAUCCCCACCUUUUCAUGAUGGAUUACUUGAUAUCAGCCCGGUAGGUUCUUAUUCUGCAUAUAUAAUACUUCUGUCUGUGUUUCUCUAUGCAUCCUGUAGUUUUGUUUUUCAUGAUGCAUUGCCAAAGUAAUGGCUCAUUUGCCAGAGGCACCAUCAUUCAAAUGAUGUUGUGACAAGACAGACUUAAUGUGAUCAUUACUCUAAUGGCUUUUAUAAGAAUGCCCGCUUUUUCUGUAGAGAAAUAAAAUAGGUGACUGUCUAUCCCACUUUUGCUGCGCAGGGCAGUGCCGAGCAUCAGUUUAGCAUCGGAACAGAUGGUCCCUGUGCUGGACAAUAUGACCCCAGCGCCUCUGACACAGAACUGCUCAAACUGCAGCCAGAUUUUAUUCCCAGAGCUUAACGUGGUCAAGGCUGUGGUUUUGGGCCUGGUGCUUGGCAUUUUAAUUUUGUUUGGAAUAGUUGGAAACAUCCUGGUAAUCCUCUCUGUGGUCUGCCAUCGACACCUGCGGACAGUCACACAUUAUUUUAUAGUUAAUCUGGCCGUGGCAGAUUUGCUGCUGAGCACCACUGUACUACCCUUCUCUGCCAUCCAUGAGAUUGUGGAUCGUUGGGUUUUUGGACGGGCUUUUUGCAAUGUUUGGGCAGCUGUGGAUGUGCUCUGCUGCACCGCCUCCAUCAUGAGCCUUUGUGUGAUCUCUGUUGACCGCUACAUUGGAGUAAGUUACCCUCUGCGCUACCCAACCAUAAUGACGAAGCACAGGGCGCUACUGGCAGUGAUGCUGCUGUGGGUGCUGUCCAUCAUCAUAUCUGUCGGACCUUUGUUUGGCUGGAAAGAGCCAGAACCUGAGGACGAGUCCAUCUGCAAGAUCAAUCAGGAGCCGGCCUACGCUAUCUUCUCUGCUUUGGGCUCCUUCUACCUCCCUCUGGCCAUCAUACUGGCCAUGUACUGUCAGGUUUAUGUGGUAGCUCACAGGGAGAGCCGGGACCUGAGAGAGGGCUACAAGACGGAGAAGUCAGACUCUGAGCGGGUGAUACUCCGGAUACACAGAGGCAACACAACUGUACCAGAGGACGAGGGCCUCCACAGCCGCACACAUUUCGCCCUUCGCCUGCUCAAGUUCUCACGUGAGAAGAAGGCCGCCAAGACCCUGGGCAUUGUGGUUGGCUGCUUCGUGUUGUGCUGGUUGCCCUUCUUCCUGGCGCUACCCAUUGGCGCCAUCUUCCCCGCAUACCGACCUUCAGAAACUGUCUUCAAAAUCACCUUCUGGCUUGGAUACUUCAACAGCUGCAUCAAUCCCAUCAUCUACCCGUGCUCCAACCAGGAGUUUAAGAAAGCUUUCCAGAGAUUACUCGGAGUUCCCUGUCUGAGAAAGACUCCCAGACUCCACCAACAUCCUCUGAGCGCAGGUCAGAGCCAAGCAAGGGGUCAGAGCCAGCCUCUUAAUCUGGGUCUGGACAGCAAGGGGGCUCCCUGUCGGCUCAGCCCCUCUUCCUCGGUGGCCCUGUCCAGAACCCCGUCUUCCAGGGACAGCAGGGAGUGGAGGGACUUUUCUGGAGGCCCCAAAAGCGGAUCAGGGCCAGGCGGGAAGAGCAGGGAUAAAGUGGCCAAACUCUGCAGUAAAAGCUUCCAUCGGAGCUGCUGCUGCAUCCUCAGAAGUGGGACUCCCCUACACGAGCCCCCUCCUGUCGGAAACCUUCCCACGAUUAAAAUCCACCAACUGUCCCUCUCAGAAAAAGGAGAGCCUGUAUAACCAGUAAUCCGUCAUCCAUUAGUCAUGACUCCACUUUCAAGGUCACAGAUGAGAAAAUAUUUCCUUUUGCUCCGUUGGAUGAGCUGUGUUGUAUUGGUGGCCUCUUUGAAACAUUAAAGUCUCAACUUUUAUAUAAUUCUGUGAUUUUCUGUGAAUACAUGUCCAUGUUUGUCAUACAUACUAUAUCUGAUACCUUUAAGAAGAAGGCUUUUUUGCUUUUCAACACAAACUAUUGUAAAUAAACUAAACUUACUACUAACAUUUUUUAAAGUUUACAUAUUUUAUAUGAGAGAAGACCAGGUAAAAUGUACAAAACAAGAGUGUUUUAUUUGUUGUAUGUAUGAUUUCACCAAAUGUUUCAAAA